AUGAUUCGUGUGCCAAGAAGUAGAGGCAGUAAAAUCUGCCUAGCGAUCAUUCUUUUUGGUGGGUUGAUCUUACUCCUGAGGCCUCAAUCACCGGAGAACAUAGAGCCCCUGGAGUCACGUUUAUUCCCCGUCAAAAACGUUGGCACUAUCUUGGACGAAAAACAGCCAGAUUUCUUUGCUUUGAUUACAUCACCCAAUCAUCCCCACUGUCUUGCAUUCCGUCGACGCUUUCCCACGGUCACUCAACCCGAUGGUGACAUGAAUGUUGCAUUCACGAUGGUGGUGCAUAAGGACGUGUAUCAGAUCGCUCGGUUGAUGCGCAUGAUCUACCGAGUAAACAACUACUAUUGUGUCCAUUUGGACUCUCGCUCGCCUCAGUCCUUCCAAAAGGCAAUGGAGGGUAUUGCGACGUGUUUUGGACCAAAUGUUGAACUGGUGCCAGUGGAAAAACGGGUGGCAGUAAAUUGGGGCGACGAGUCGGUCCUGAGGCCGCAGUUAAUCUGUGCUGAACAGGCGCUACAAAAUGAUAACAAUUGGGGUUACCUUGUCAACAUUGCGGGUCAGGAGUUUCCUCUAAAAACCAAUCUCGAAUUGGUGGCAGCUCUAAAGGCUCUUAAUGGGUCGAACCUUGUUGAGGCAGCUCCGAUUAAGAGGUUCCAAAGUUGGGUAAAAAAUAGAACACUACCACUCAACGCAUCCUGGUACAAGGGCACUAUUUACGGCGCAUUUCGAAGGGAUUUUUUGCAUGAGGCAGUGAGAGGAACAGCCGUCGCUCCCAUUCGUGCUGCUGUUCUUGAGCACAAAGCUUUCGAUCACCCCGAUGAAUUGUUCUUCUCCACUCUCGCCUACAAUCCCCAUUUGAAGCUACCAGGCGCCUGUCUGAUAGCUCCACCACCGAAAUCUGAAGCAGACUUGGGCUUCCUUGCGAAGUACGUCGUGUGGGGUGACUACAAAAUUGCCUGUCCGACGAAGUAUACCCGCUUCGUCUGCAUCCUCGGCACGCCACACAUAUCGCUACUGCGCAGUGUGCCGCACCUCUUCGCCAACAAAUUUCAUUCCGACUACCACCCAGAGGCCUACGACCGGAUGGAGGAAUGGUACUUUGCGAAACUCUCAAGAGAAAUUGCCUCAGGAACCUACGCGAGGGACUCUUUCGACACCAGUAUCUAUGCCAAUCGGUCUUGCUCUCACCAACACCUGUAA